UGGCAGGCCUUGUCCUUUAAAACUUGUUACGGGUCUCCCUAUGAACAAUGAAUAUAUUAUGAAUCGCUUUGUAUGCCUAUGUGUAUUACAACAAUAUUCCUUUUAUUGAUUGUGUUGAUCAAGUUAGAAUCUCUUGAAAAGACAUUAUGUGUCUUUCCAUUACUUGAUACUACCCUCCUCCUGGUAAUGUCACUACUACUACUACUUGUAGUAGUGUAAUAACAAGAAACAUACAACAUAACACCUUCCUAGUUAUUGCCCCAAAAAAAAAUACAAAAGAAACUUGGAUGCGUAGUAGUAGUAGUAAUAGUAGUGGAGUCUAGUACAAGCUAAGAGUUAGCGAUGGCGUGGGCCCUGCCUCACCACCGCCUCUUUGGUGAAACACCACCACCCAUACCCAUGGCAAUCUCACCCUGUAGCAACGAAGGUCGUGAUGCAAGAGUAAACAUUGACAUUGAUGCUAACAUGGUGGUAAUCCUAGCCGUGUUGCUUUGUGCCUUGUUAUGUGCUCUUGGGUUGAACUCGAUUGUAAGGUGUGCCCUCCGUUGUUUGACAGGCCAACAUCAUCACCGCCACAGGCAAGAAGUAAGCGAGGCCUAUGUGGGGUCGGUCAAUCGAGGGCUUAAGAGGAGCACCAUAAGGCAGAUUCCAACAACAAUAUACCGUAUAGCUACAAGUGUUAUGUCAACGGAUUGCAUGAUAUGUUUAGGGGAGUUUACGGAAGGGGAAAAUAUAAAAGUGUUACCAAAAUGCAAACAUGGGUAUCAUAGUAAGUGUAUUGAUACUUGGUUGCUUUCUCACUCUACCUGUCCUACGUGCCGCCAAUCACUAUCGGAAUGGGCAGGAAAUGGUGCCAUUCUGGUGUCUGUGGGAGUUGCGAAUCCUACAAAUCAGCCUGCUGCUGCUGCUGCUGGUGAUGCAGCUCAAAGCUAAGGCACUAGAGGAUCAAUUGUGUGGUCAUUACUAGGAUGAUGAGUGGCAUGAGCUAAUUAAGGUACCUUUGAAGCACCACAAAAAGAGUUUUGUUUAGCUAAUUAAUUUGUAGAUAUGUAUAUAUACCCCAAUUUUUUUCAAAUGGAGCUAUCCAAAGCUAGUAGGAAAACAGACAUACAAAGAGUCUUGAGUAGAAGUGGAAAAUUCAUUGUCCGGGUUGGGUUUGUUUGGGUUGAAUCGGCUAUGGU